AUGAUGAGUUACUAUAUGGACACAACCAUUGGCAACCCAGCCCCUUAUCCUUUACCUCGCCCUGGAGUGAUGAAGCAAGGUGCUGCCGGCCCCUGUGAUGAUCCCUGGGUGACCUGUGGCUUUCAGUCCACCUGCUGCCAGCCCAGGAUGUGCUGCCCACUCUGGGAUGAACCUGCCACACAAGAGGUGCCCACCGGCCUGGAGCACUACAGCACAGAUAUGGAAUGUGCGGAUGUGCCUUUAUUAACUCCCAGCAGCAAAGAAAUGAUGUCUCAGGCCUUGAAAGCCACCUUCAGUGGCUUCGCCAAAGAGCAGCAGCGGCUGGGAAUCCCCAAAGAUCCCCAGCAGUGGACAGAGACGCACGUGCGGGACUGGGUGAUGUGGGCAGUGAAUGAGUUCAGCCUGAAGGGAGUGGACUUCCAGAAGUUCUGCAUGAACGGAGCUGCCCUCUGUGCCCUGGGCAAGGAAUGCUUCCUGGAGCUAGCGCCUGACUUUGUGGGAGAUAUCCUUUGGGAACAUCUGGAGAUCCUGCAGAAAGAAGAGGUAAAACCGUACCCAGCAAACGGAGUGAACACAACAUACCCAGAGUCCCGCUAUACUUCAGACUACUUAAUUAGCUAUGGCAUUGAGCAUGCGCAGUGUGUGCCUCCCUCUGAGUUCUCCGAGCCCAGCUUCAUCACAGAGUCCUACCAGACCCUCCAUCCCAUCAGCUCGGAAGAGCUCCUGUCCCUCAAGUACGAGAACGACUAUCCCUCGGUCAUCCUGCGUGACCCAGUGCAGACGGAUUCCCUGCAGACAGACUACUUCACGAUCAAGCAAGAAGUGGUAACGGCAGAUAACAUGUGCAUGGGACGUGCCAGUCGAGGUAAACUCGGUGGCCAGGACUCCUUCGAGAGCAUAGAGAGCUAUGACAGCUGCGACCGCCUGACACAGUCCUGGAGCAGCCAGUCCUCCUUCCAGAGCCUGCAGCGUGUCCCUUCCUAUGACAGCUUCGACUCAGAGGACUACCCUGCCACCCUGUCCAACCACAAACCCAAGGGCACCUUCAAGGACUAUGUUCGAGAUCGGGCUGAUAUGAACAAGGAUAAGCCUGUCAUUCCUGCUGCUGCCCUUGCUGGCUACACAGGCAGUGGACCCAUCCAACUGUGGCAAUUCCUGCUGGAACUGCUCACUGACAAGUCCUGUCAGUCCUUCAUCAGCUGGACGGGUGAUGGCUGGGAAUUCAAACUUUCCGAUCCAGAUGAGGUGGCCAGGCGAUGGGGCAAAAGGAAAAACAAGCCCAAGAUGAACUACGAGAAGCUGAGCCGUGGCUUGCGCUACUACUACGACAAGAACAUCAUCCACAAGACGGCUGGGAAACGCUACGUCUACCGCUUCGUCUGCGACCUGCAGAGCCUGCUGGGCUACACACCCGAGGAGCUCCAUGCCAUGCUGGACGUCAAGCCAGAUGCCGAUGAGUGAAGGUGGCCGGCCGGGGUGGAGGGUCACCCCGUGUCGCUUUGAAGAGUCGAUGGGACUGUUUCUGUUGGUUCUUUUCCUUAUUUUUGCUGUUCUUUUGGUCAUUUGUUCUUUGUUUUUGUUGUUUUUAAAGAGCGACUCAGAUUUGAUGCUUUGAGGAUGUUGGGAGAGAGGGAGGUGGAAGAGGCAAACUGUGUUUAGUUCGGAGAAGGAUGAGCUUUCUCCUCCCCCUGAAAGCUCCAAGAAAAGCUUUUUUUGGGGGGGGAAAUUCUGAGUUUGAAGAAAGCCAGAACAAUGUAGCUCACUUAAAAACCCCAACGAACCCUCCUCAUCCCUUGCUGUUUAGAGAAAACAUUAUCAAGUGGAUCCCUUUGGAUUUUGUGUUAUUCGCACGCAGGCAGUUCAGGAAAUGAUAGUAUUCCCAAGGAUUUGAAUCUCUCUUUGAGGGUGGGGAGGGAAGACCAAAGUGGGUGACUAUCCCUGCUUCGGAGAGGGGCAAUAUGGGAACACCCAAGAACUCUGUCGUUCUUGGCCAUCACCUUUCUGUGGUCGUCUGCUUUUCUACAGAGGACAGAACUUUUGCUAGGAGGGAUCAAGACUUUUUUUUUUCUUUUUUUAAGAAAUCUGUUAAAAGUUUUAUUUUAUUAAAUUUUGUGCCAGUAUUUUUUUCUUUUUAAAUAGUCUUAAGCUCUAAGAUGGUCUCAGUAUUGCAAUAUUGUGUGUGUUUGUUUCUGUUAUGCCAGCAGAGAGUUUUAUCACAGUGAGGAAAAGGUUAUAGAUGAAAAUAGGAGUUUAUGUAGACCCCACUGGAGGAGUGGAGCUCUAUGACCCGGCAUCUCCGCAUCGUAUGUGAAGGAAAAUGAACUCCAAACUGGCUCCUAGUGAUGCAUGCUGGAUGUGCUGCUCUCACCUCCAGCCCCACACGCUUUGCUCUGCCACUUGCUGAUAAAGCUGGUUGAAAUUCCCACUUUUGGGAUUGUUUUUCAAAGAGGCUUUUUUGGAUGGCUGCAUUUUGGGCACAAAACCUAGCCAGAUUAGCAGGGAAAAUGUCUUCUAUGAU